AUGGGCGUGAAGGGGUUGUGGUCGAUCGUAGCCCCCGUGGGGGUGCGAGUUAACCCGGAGAUUUUCACGGGGAAACGAAUUGCCAUCGACGUAAGUAUCUGGCUGUACGAGCUGACGUACGCGAACAACAUGAAGGUACUACGAAAUGGAGGGGUGGACAAUAUGAGCAUGUUUAACGAUCUGUGGAUGGAUUUCUCUGAAAAUAUGAACACCGACAUGAGGACGGAAAACCUGAGAAAGGUGCACCUCUACUUUUUCUUCCUCCGAAUAUGCAAACUGCUCUACUACAACAUAAGGCCCAUUUUCAUUUUUGACGGAACCCCCCCCGAACUGAAGAGGAAAACCAUCUUCCAGAGAAACAUGAAGAGGAGAAACGAUGAGGAAAGGUUCCAGAAGACCGCCGAAAAACUUAUUUAUAAUUAUUACCAAAGGUCUCUAUUAAAAACGUUGAAAGGUAAAAGGAGUACCUCGAAAAAGAAAAUUGAAAAUGAAGAAGGCGUCAUCUCUCAAGGACAGUCAUCCUCAUUUGUUGGGUUAAACACCAUAGUAGGAAGGAACCCUCCUCCUUCUUCUUCUUCCCCUCUCACCCUUUCUCCAGCUCAACACACAUAUGGGCUGAUCGAAAUAUAUGAUAGUAUUAGAGAAAAUGAGGCUUCACUUGGGAGCAUGGUAGAGAACAUAGGUAAUGUGGCCGUCAGCGUGAAGGACAUCUUAAACAUAUGUAACGAUGAAGACUUGAACAAGAUACAGAACAAGGUACUUAUGAUUAGCAAUUUGGAGGUACCAAUUGGGGGGGUAAGCGAAAACAUGAAGGAUAAGCACGUUCAGAGUGAUCUAAAGGAGACUGCAGAGAAGGACAACAGGAUGGACGAAGCUGUACAGAGGGGAAUAACAAACGAUGAGAAUGAAUAUGCAGUCAUCCUGGCAGGAGAAUACCCAACACCAAAUGAACAGAUAAACCAUAUGGACAACGAAAUUGACGAAGAAAUUGUGCGGAAGAAACACAUGGCAAGGAAGAAGUACUAUGAGAGCAUCCCAAAAAAUUUCAAAGGGUUCUUGUGCAUGCGUAGACCGGUCGAUAUUAUAGACAUAAGCAACUACAGUACUGACAUUUUGGAGUUCACACGCAAGCUGGGGGAAACCCAGUCCCCAUCCAGGAUGGCUCAGAUGGAUGAAUUGGUCGAGGGAGACACACCCGGGAAGGAUCCUACUAAGGGGGAUAUCUGUGACAAGGGCGAGGGGGUCGGAACUCCAUUAGCGAUAGAAAAUAAGGAGCAUGAUAGUGCGGAGAAGAAGGGAGGAGAGGACAACGCAUACGUUCUCCACAGUGGUGGGGAUACCCUGGAAAAGGAACUCCCCGACGAGGAAUCCCCCAACAAGGAACCUCCCCACCCGGAACAGAUCAAUGUCCUGGAGCUUCCGUCCACCCUGGACCCGGCUGAGCUCUUCCGCGAGGGGAAAGACGAAUAUAAAGUGUAUUACGUGAACAACGAGGAAAUAAGAAUUCCCCUCUUCAAGGAGUUAAAUAAGGAAGUGUUUGAAAAGCUACCCAUCAAACUGCAGUACCAAAUUUUGCAAGACAUAAAGGAAGAGUGGUAUGUCGACAACAGGGUAAAGGCCAUAAAGGCCAAAGACGACAUGGAUAUAUUCUCGCAGGUGCAGUUGGAGACAUACGUGAGGAUGAUUAAGACAGAUUUCGAAAUAGAGAAACUCAAAAUAAAGAUGGCUGAAAAUAUACAGAACGCUGAGGGAGAACUCAUAGUUAAUAAGGAACUGUCCAAACACUUCGACAACCUCAGUAUCAGGGAUUACAACGAUAUGGAUAAGAAAAAAAAAAAAAAAAAAAAAAAAAAAUACAUCAAUGAGAUUCUGAACCAGUGUUACUUUGAGGGGAAGAAUGACCAGUAUCAGGAGCUGUACAUUAAGGAGGAGGAAGAAGACGAGAAGGGACUUGUGAUGAAUGCCAUGUUGAGGGGAGAGAGAAUCACAGAGAAAGAGGAAGAAGGAGGCUUACUUCACGAUCAGCGCACUUCGAUAGAGGCCUAUGGGCAAGUAGAAUUGGCACGAAGGAGGGAUGUUACUAGGCCAAAGAGGGAAAGGCACGGGGAGGAUAACGAACCGGAGAAAGAAAAAAAGGCGCUGAUAAAAAUGGAGGAAGAAUUUAAGCAGGACCUGUUGCUCGAUGAUGAGGAGCUUUUCGGGGAGGAUCUCCUGCGAGGGGUGGAGGGAGAUGGGCGGAAACUUGAUGACGAUCGGUUGGAUGAUGAUAAGUCGGUCGAGGAGCAUCCCCCCAACGGGGAAACAACAGUUGGGGCGAAAGACGAUAACGCAGAGGAGCAAAUCCCCCUGUCGAGAGAUAUUGAUAUCCACGAAAAUAGGAACUUUACCCUAAAUGUCCACAGCAGUGGAGAUGACUUCGAAAAUUGCAGCGUUGAGGAGAAGGGGCAAAUAAUAGAAAUGGAGGAGGUGCAAAUUACACAGGAUAUUAUUGACCUAACCAGUCAUGAUGAACAGAUGGAAAUAUCAAUCCAAAUUAAUGAUGAACAAGAAGUUUGCGAAGCAUCCAAUGAGUCAAACAUCGAUAAUGAGGAGGAGGUACAUGAUGAACAGGUGCAGAUUGUGUUGCCAUCUAUCCCAGGUGGUAAAAACGCACAGGUUGUGUCCCCCCCCCUACAUGAUAAGCUUCAAAGAUUAAUAGAUAAUUAUUCCAGUGGGGAGGACAUAGCAGAUGGGGGACAUUUUGCCGAGGGAAAAUUCUCAGCCUCUGGACAGCCUUCUCCGGAGAUACCCCUUUCGGCGUCUGUGGAGGUGGCAGCUGAAGGGGAGAACACGACCUUGCAACAAGCACCACAAGAACCACAACCGAAAGAGCGUGAGCGUGAGCAUGACCCCAUCCGUGGGGAAGAGGAGGAAAUCUCCGAGGCGAUGAAAAAGGUGAAGCAAAAGGUAAGGCGAUUUAUUACCAAAGAAAAAAUAAACCAGCUUCUUCUUAACAAGGUGGAUCUGGACACGAUCGGGAAGGACACUUACCUGGAGAACGUUCUGAGCAAUAAGGUGUUGUUGGACGGGUUUGGCCUAGGGGGUGAGGAAGAAAAAGAUGAAGACAAGCAGAUGGACGGUGAAGUCCCCGACGGAGGAAUCCUGGAGGGCAUGUUCCUUCAUGAAGAUGUCACCCCUAAUGAUCGAGAGAAAGUAAGGGAUAGCCGCGCACUAGAUGACUACAUGGAAAAAGCAAACAAAGAGAACGAGGAGCUGGUGAAGGAAUAUAGGAAACUGAAAAAAAACAACAUUGAAAUAAAUGAAGAAAUGAAUGAAGACAUCAAGAUUUUGCUAAACAUGUUUGGAAUACCAUAUGUACAAUCUCCCUGUGAAGCAGAGGCACAAUGUUCCUACCUGAACUGCAAGAAUUAUUGUGAUGCUAUCAUAAGUGAUGAUUCCGAUGUUCUUGUAUUCAAUGGAAAAACGGUAAUUAAAAAUUUCUUCAACAAAAAAAAAACUGUAGAGGUAUAUGAAAGGAAGCUCAUAGAGGACAAGUUGGGUUUGUAUCAAGAUGAGUUAAUUAACCUGUCGCUACUCUGUGGAUGUGAUUAUACCAUUGGUGUCCAUGGAGUUGGAAUAGUAAACGCCUUGGAGAUUAUUAAAGCCUUUCCCACUUUUGAAGAUUUGAAAAAACUAAAGGAAAUCGUAUCCAACCCUUUUAGAGACCUCAGCAAGGAUGACAAAUAUUUCAACAACGAGGAAGUUCAGCGUUUUCUAAAGACGCAUAAAAAUUAUAAACUAAAUUGGAUAUUUCCAAAGAAUUUUCCCGACAGGGAAGUCUACAAAUGCUUCAAAUACCCCAAGGUAUGUACAGACAUAGAGAAAUUCCAAUGGCAUCUUCCAAACCUAACUCAUAUUAGCAGAUUCUUACAGAAAGAGACAAACAUCGCGGAGGAAAAAAUUUAUAAUGUGCUGAAUCCUAUUUUGCAAAAAUACGAUGUUAAAGUUAGAAGUUACCAGCUCAAGAUACACGAUUUUUUCCCAAUGAUUGAAAGGAAGAGAAAGAGCGUCGACAAUUUGAUAGAUAUCAUUCGCGACAACCAGAAGGGUAAAAGAAGAAGCACUAACAGCGGUAAAAGAGGCAAAGACGCAAAGAGCAACAAGGCUACCAGUGGAAGAAGUUCCACACUGGGAAGAGAUAUCACAUCACUCAUUGACUUGAACCCCGCUGGGGUCAUUCGGUCCAAGCGUAUGACGACAGCAUUGGACCACAUAAAGGGUCGCGGUCGUUCUCGCAAAAGGGCCUCCCAAGGAUAG